UUCAUAGUAACUCCUUUAAAACAGAGUGGAGAGACACCACCCUUGCGCACCACCGAGGAAACUUAAACCACCAGCAGGUCACUCCCCUUCACUACGGCUCUGCGCUCCGGCACAGCAGCACCGCGGCCCCGCACGCUCCUGCUUCCACAGGUGCCAGCACCAGCCCCAGCCCACACGAGCUCUCUGCAUUAGCGACACCACCUAGGAAGGACGCCAAGAUGUUGGUACUACUGGCCGGUAUCUUUGUGGUUCACAUCGCCACCGUCAUCAUGCUCUUCGUCUCCACCAUUGCCAAUGUUUGGAUGGUGGGCACCACCGCCACCGGAAAAGGCUCGUGGGGACUCUGGCUAAUGUGCAAUGGCACCUGCAGGCAGCUGGCAGUCAGCAGCAACGAAGCGGCUUCCCUCAAAGCAGCACAAGCCUUUAUGAUCCUCUCAAUCAUUUUCUCCGUCAUCGCCCUUGUCAUGUUCAUUGUCCAGCUGUUCACCCUAGAGAAAGGCAAACGUUUCUACAUCACUGGAGCCAUCAUGCUGGUUUGCUGGUUGUGCAUCCUGAUUGGAGCCUCCAUUUACACAGCUCGGUUCACAGGAAUGCGGGCAGGGUUCGUAAAUCCUCACCACGGCUACAGCUUCAUAUUGGCCUGGAUCUGCUUUUGCUUCAGUUUCAUCAUUGGCAUCCUCUACCUGGUUCUUAGGAAAAAAUAAGGCUGAUGGGAGUACUGGGGAGAGGGUUGGCUGCUGGAGACAGGGAAGAAUUGCUCUGCUGAGAGAACUGUUGGGCCAAUAGGAAAAAAAAAAAAAAAAAAAAAGAAAAGAAAAGAAAAGAAACAGCCACCAUCAUCACUUCUGCCACCACUACAGAGUAAUACCUAACAAAACCAGAAUCCUCAGAAACUCAUUCACCAAACAGAGGGAAAAACAGCUCCAACUGAUCUCUCACUCCUGGGGCUGCUGCACCAGAAAUCUGCAAAUGACCCAGACAGCUGUUCCCCCUUUCUGCACAGUUACGCCAUACCUUCACAAACAUUCAAGACCAGCAGUGAUGACUGAAGAGCACCACAAAAACAAGGGCUACAUCUUUUUCCCUGUCUAGAGCCCUUCCCACUUACCUUUCAGUGUGCCUUGUGGGUUGGGCAACGAGGCUUACAACUCCUUUUUUUGUCUAUUGAAACAAAUGGUAUGGGCCUUUUGUUACAGUUUUAUAUAUAUAUAUAUAUAUAUAUGCACAUAUAAGAAGGUUAAAGACAUUAAAUUGAGAAACAACCCAAUAGAAAUCAGAUUAAAUUAGUAUUAAAAAUGCUACAUGAA